CCGGGACACAACGCGCCGAGCCCGCCGGACACAAAGCCGGGGGGUCCGCGCUGGCGCUGGAGGCGAGCCCCGGCGGCCGCGAGCGAGCCUGAGGCGCGGCGGGGCGCGGGGCGCGGGGGCGCGCGCGGGCGGGGCGCGGGGGGCGCCCCCGGGCCGGGGCGGGCACCUCGGCCGCUCGGGCCGCGGCGGCGGGGACCAUGCCGAGGAAAGUCUCCUGAGCCCGGCAACUUCGGCCCCUCCCCGCCCCCACCGCGCUGCCCUCGGCGCGGCCCGGCCCGGGAGCCGCCGGCCGGCCGGGCUCUGCUCCCCGCAGGCGGAUGGGCGACCCCCUCCCGGGCCGGGCAGGCUGCGCGCGGCGGCGGGGCGGGCGAUGAAGAAGAAGCAGCAGCAUCCCGGCGGCGGCGCGGAUCCCUGGCCCCAUGGGGCCCCUCUGGGGGGCGCCCCCCCGGGCCCGGGCGGCUGGCGGCGCCGGGUGUCCCUGCUGCCGCUCCUGCGCUUCUCCCUGCGGGACUACGGCUUCUGCAUGGCCACCCUGCUGGUGUUCUGCCUGGGCUCGCUCUUCUACCAGCUCGGCGGGGGACCCCCGCGCUUCCUGCUCGACCUGCGGCAGUAUUUGGGAAAUUCCACUUACUUGGAUGACCAUGGGCCACCUCCCAGUAAGGUGCUGCCCUUUCCAAGCCAGGUGGUGUACAACAGAGUAGGCAAGUGUGGAAGCCGCACUGUGGUCUUGCUUCUGAGAAUCUUGUCGGAGAAGCAUGGAUUCAACUUAGUCACAUCAGACAUUCACAACAAAACCAGGCUUACUAAAAAUGAACAAAUGGAACUGAUUAAAAAUAUAAGUACUGCCGAACAGCCCUAUUUAUUCACUCGACAUGUUCAUUUCCUCAACUUCUCAAGGUUUGGAGGAGACCAGCCCGUCUACAUCAACAUCAUCAGAGACCCCGUCAGUCGCUUUUUAUCCAACUAUUUUUUCCGACGAUUUGGAGACUGGAGAGGGGAACAGAAUCACAUGAUCCGCACCCCCAGCAUGAGGCAGGAGGAGCGCUACCUGGAUAUCAAUGAGUGUAUUCUUGAAAACUAUCCCGAGUGCUCCAACCCCAGAUUAUUUUACAUCAUUCCAUAUUUUUGUGGACAGCAUCCCAGAUGCAGGGAGCCUGCUGAAUGGGCGCUUGAGAGGGCAAAACUGAACGUGAAUGAAAACUUCCUGCUUGUGGGGAUUCUUGAAGAGCUGGAAGAUGUGCUGCUUUUACUGGAAAGAUUUUUACCUCAUUACUUCAAGGGUGUGCUCAGCAUAUACAAAGACCCAGAGCAUAGGAAACUUGGAAAUAUGACUGUGACCGUGAAGAAGACUGUCCCGUCUCCUGAGGCCGUGCAGAUUCUCUACCAGCGGAUGAGAUAUGAGUAUGAGUUCUACCACUACGUCAAAGAGCAGUUCCACCUGCUCAAGCGCAAAUUCGGACUGAAGUCACACUCCAGCAAGCCCCCUCUGAGACCCCAGUUUUUUAUUCCCACUCCACUGGAAACCGAGGAGCCAAUUGAUGACGAGGAACAAGAUGACGAGAAGUGGCUGGAAGAUAUUUAUAAGAGGUGAUGCCGGCACUGUGCUGCCUCCAUUGGCUUUAUCUCCCUUUUCCAGAAAGUGUUUUGUUUGGGGAAGAAAAUUCCCAAAGGGACUACAUGAAUGCUCCAUUGCAUUAAAAAGAACAAAACAUGCCCACAGGUUGGGGUCAUUGGAUGGGAGAUGCCCGGUUUUGCGGGUUUAUUUGUUUUUCCUGGCUCCUUGGUCCUUCCCAGAUAUAUUAGAUGGUUCCAUCACAAGGCCUCUGCUAAUAAAAUAGCUCCCCCCACCCCACCCCCAUGUGAUGAGAGAAGGGGAAAGAAUGCAGCCCAAUAAUUUAUCAGUUGUAAAAUGACUUAUAAAAGUAUUACCUCAGUGGUAGGAGACACCCAGACUUGUAUAUUUCAGUAGAAGAAAUACAAAACCACUUCAGAAACCAGGGCAUCUACUCUCGAAGGAUCUAAGAGAAGGUAAGCCAGAUCAGGACAUCAAAAGGGGUACACUCUGCUCUGCUCCAUCUCAGGGGACAUUUUCACCUUGGGCAAUGUACUUAUUAUCUCUGAGAGAGACAGCCCCACCAGUCCAGAGCUUUGAGUACCUUUCAAGGUCAAAGUGCAUGACAAACUCCAUUGAGACAUUCCAUUUCCAAGCACCAUUGCAACAGAGAUCAAAGUGACCUGCCAGGAAAAAGACUCUGUUGUGUGAGGAAGAGUGUAGACAAGACAGAUCCACUCAGGAGGUCAGGUGUUAUCAGGACACUGGUGUGGUCCUGCCCUUUGCACCCAGUUUUUUCACUUGUGUCACUAGACACCCAAGCACCUAUUUAGAUCUAGUGCUUGACUCCUGUAGCAGAAGCUCUAAGCCUGACCACGGUUGAUGCACAAGUCCAGCAGGCAUACCCAGUGGCAAACUGGAUCCCAUGGUGCUUGGUAUCAAACCUUCUAGUCCCUUACGAGGUAGCAUUCUUGGUAAUAAAAAAAAGGAAGAAAGAAAUGGGGGGGAAGGGUAACUGAAUUCCGUGCAGGAGGCAGUAGAAGCACAUACAGUCCCAUUUCUUACCAAAGCUGCUCACUCCUGAAAACACUUACUGUGACAUCAAGAAGAGAAGAAGCAGGAGCUUCUGGGUAAGAGACUGUUUGCCCAGAUCUAUCAGCAGGCCACUGUCCCCCAAGUGAUCUGUGCAGAGGUUGUGCAGUCCUGUCACUCUGGAUCUCUCUUCCCCCCACACACACUCCCUUCACCUGCCAACAACCUGUGAUGCCUUGAUUCCAUCAUGAGAAGCCUCUUGCUUCAGAUUCUGAGAUCUUUAGCCACCUACCUGUAAAAACACACAUAUUCCUAGGUAGAGCGCAGACAGCCGGCUGAAAAGCAUGGGGCAGAUGGCAAUGGCAGGCAGGAUACUGGCAACAAAUUUUCUCUCCUUCAAGUUUUCCCCUAGAGCCAGCCCUUCAAGAGAACUAGCAAAGUGUGAGUUGGGAAUACUUACCAGUCCCUUAGACGCUGACUUUACACGAGCAACACAUUUUCUACUUUUCAGAAACCAACAAGUCUCUCUAGGAUUUUUUCUUCGUUCCCUAAAA